AUGGGUCAAGGCACUCCCGUGGAGCUGGGCCACUUGCAACAAGCCCGCGAGUUCUUGGACGAGAUCCGGCAAGAUUUGAUCGGAGACGGUGAUCAUCAUGCUGAUGGCAUCAGCCAAAGUCUUCAAGGAGAUCUCACAUUUUCCAAGACCAAAUCCAUAGGUGAGUUUCCCAGAGAUUCGGGCAAGACGUUGAUGACUGCAGUGCAACGCUCGGAACUGCACCGGCUCUUGCGAACGAAAGGCUCUGGCAGCGACAUGGAUCGCUUGGCGGAGUUGUGUUGCAAAAUGCACUUCUUCAAAAGGCAGGGCUGCCAGGGUCGCCAUCUCUUGGGAUACAGGCUGACGCAGCAUCAGUUGCUGGAGUUCUUGACUGCAGCGGAGUUUUUUGAAAAAGACACCGCGGAAAUCAUCUACCGCGACGGUGAUCCGUUGGGUAACGUCUAUGUGGUGCUGAAUGGUUCAGUGGUGAUCCACCGAGCACUACAAGAGGACGCCAUGGGCGGCAAGCCACGAGGCGCCAAGAAGCUGGUUCCCUUCUUUGAACCUGACAUGGCCAUGUGGAAAGAAGAUCGACAUGGACACUGCCGAGCCUUUGUCUCCAGCUGCUUUGAUGGUCGCGCGUUUGGGGAUGGUUGGGACUUUGCUGGAAAGCAGUCAGUGCGGUGUACUACGGCAGUGGCACAGGAGAAGAGCCUGUUGUUGCGCUUGGACACUGAGACCUACCGUGAGGUGCUGCGCAAGGGAGACGUUUGCUCCGAUCACGCAGCAGCCUUACGAGAGUUGCCAUUCCUACAGGAAUGUAGUGCCAAUGAGCUGGAAUCGCUGUUGCUGAUGUUGGAGACGGUGACCUUCCAUUACUUGAGCCGGGUACUGGAACCAUUUCAACAACCCCUUGCGUGUCACGUACUCAAACAAGGCCGCUGCGAGAUUCGUGCCUUCGGCAUCGAAGUGAAGGAACUCCUUCCAGGCGGCGACUGGUAUGUUGGGAUGGAUUGCAGAUGUCUGAGAUGCACAUACCAUCCAUUACAUGUAUACAAUAUAUACAUUACAUGUAUAUUGUAUGUAUGUUACAUGUAUAUGUAA